AUGACUUCGUUUGGCAGUUUAUUAAGGGGAAUGAUUAGGGUAGAGUUGGAAAAUUUGCUGUGGCCGCUUGAAGGAGGCCUUAAUGCCCGCCGCGACCUCUACCAGAGUUACAGUGUGGCACGUCAGCAUUUAAGAAAACUAGCGGGGGUAAUCCUUGCCUUCUAUGAGCGACUUACAUUACCGACUAGACCUCACUAUAAGGUUGCCAUGUACAUAGUUGCAAAGGUCAUGACUGCGACGGAAGCACAAUACCCUUUACACUACGUAGCGAAAGCAGCUAAUUCUGACAUAUACCUCUGCUGCUUGGGAGCUCCCCUAGCCGUAAGAGCUCUAAAACAAGUUACUCCCACUCUGUUUCAAGCAAAACGACAUAUUGUGUUUACAAGAGGUAAUAACGCCCACUUUUCAGGAUCUUUAUUAAAAGAUUGGGAAACUUUUUGGAGUUGUUGCCGAAGCCGUCAAGGCUUUAAUGGCGUAGCUACUUUUGCAAGAAAAGGGUUAACUAGUAGCGCAGAUGCCAAUCCCUUUCCCUGUUCGAAUUCUACUUUGUUAUCUACAAUAUACAUUAAACAUAGAACUAACUGCGCUUGUAAUUCCGAUUCAAACAAAUUUUCGGGACACGAUAACCAGUUGGGUUUAAAGGAGGCUGAGCUACUUAACUUGGAAGGGCGAUGCCUCGUUACGUUUCAUGGCAGUUUUUUAAUAGUGAAUGUUUACGCACCUUCUUCUAGAAAUUGCCAUAAAGCGCAGUUUCACCUCGCCUUAACCCAGUUGGUGGUGAGCUUGCAAUCUUCUUUGAAGGCCGUCAUUAUAGCCGGGGAUUUGAACUUGACGGGAAGAAAAGAGGAUGUUUCUUGGUUUAACAGGGUUAUAUGUUAUAGUGAACUUUUAAGUAUAAUAAAUAAUCACGAAGGAAAGAAUAACGAGAGCGGUCAACUUGCAAGAAAACUAAAAAAAGGGUUGGAGCGAGUUAUUUUAUUACUGAAGAGUUUAAGUGUGCAAGUUAUUGAAAUCGUGGAGAAAAAAACUUUAAAGAGAAAAUUUCAGUACAAAAUUGUUUCCAAUCUUAAAGAUAUAAAGCUUCGGCACAUUGGUAAGCGAUACGAGAGCUGUUCAGAAGCUCAAGAUGCCUUUUGUAUUGGAAAAUGGAGUGGAGAAAAUUGUAGUGCUUCUUAUCGAAAUACACUUUUUGUCGGUCAGUGGAUUGAAUGCUACGAAAAAGCCGCCAACACAACGUUCACAAAAAAGGAGGCUUAUAUACUCUCCGAUUUUGGCGCGUCGCCCACUGAUUCGUUUUUCCAGUGCUGGUUUUACGACUUGCUGGAGCGGGCAAACCUCGUAGAUUCUCUAGUUGCGAUGCACCCCGAAGUCAAGGAAAGGUUUACUUGUUUUGAUCAGUCUAGAAACAGAAGAUUUUCUAAUGAUGGAGCGAGAAUCGACUUCUUACUGGUCGAGAAAAACCUCUUUAACCAGUUUGUUGUCGCUGGCACGCCCCUUCUGAACAAACAAUUUUAUACUUUUCUGAAUGAUAGUCGAUACUAUGAGACGGUUGCAAGUUGCUCGCUGGAAAAAUUGGAUUUUAACCGCACCAAGUCUUACCAAGAAGACGAGUCUGAUCUCCUUUUCUGUCUCACUGCUGGCGGACUGAUCAAGCCAGCUCCGUACGACGGCACUGGAAUGCAAGACGCCCCGCCUGCUGCCUACUAUUUCCAUAUUGUACCCCCGCACACCGGGAUGCUGUAUACUCCUCCGCAGUUUUCUGAUCACCUGCCCAUCUGUGUUUUGUUGGACGCCGACAAGCACGUGGAAACAAGUCCGGCCCUACCUAAAAACCUGGCACUAGAUGGACGCUCGUCCACACGCGUAGCACAGCCGCACAAGUCCCAAAAAAAGCUCACGGCGUUCUUCACGAAUCGCGCUCCCCCGAAGAGAACAGCUGAGGACGAGAAGCGGAUGGACAGACAAAAAAAAUCCGGCAGACAAGUUAUUGGAAUCGAAAAAUAUUUUAAUCCUUCUAAAAAGUCUAAAGACGGUCAAUGACAGAACGGCUUAUUUCUUAUUAUUAAAAAGUCUUUUUCAGAAGUGCGGUCAUCCCGUCUUCCCUCCACUCUGCAGCGGAUAUCCACAUCUGCAUAUGCUUAUUAUGCACUAAUAAUAGACGCAAGAAAAGGCGGCACUCAUUACCCUUUUAA